AUGUCGACGGAGCCUGCAUUCGAUGCCAGUCACACGGACUUCAUGGGCUAUAACCUGGCACCGGACUUUGCGACUGUAGUAGAGGCCUCAGAGCGUACUGGCGUAGGGUAUAUGCAGUACAGCAAUGGCGUCAUCUACGAAGGAGAUUGGCUGAACGGUGAACGCCACGGUCUUGGGGUGUGUUACUACCCUUCUGGCAACAUCUUUGUCGGCCAGUUUCGCUCGGGGAUGAUGGAAGGGAUAGGCACGAUGUUCUUCGCGACGGGCGAGUGUUUCAGCGGCGAGUUUUGCCAGUCGAGCAUCUACAAGGGUGUCUAUAGCUGUCGAGGAGACGAGAUCUGCGGUACCUGGAAAGACGGCAAGCGGGUGAGUGAGAUGCCCACCAAGGCACCUGAGGUACUUCAACGUGCCCGCGCCGCACUCUUCUCGACCAUUGUAGAGCAAGUGAACAUGUAUCUCUGGCAAGCUGCAAGCAAUCCAACAAAGAUGGUGCUUCCUGCAUCCCCCGAAGACAAGAUCCUGCUGCCACCUCUUGAUAUCGUCAGCUCGAACGCCGAUGCAUAUGCCGCACCAGCGACAUCCUUGCAGCACCUCGUCGCAACGCCCAAUUUCCGUGUAGGAGGUCAGAGCUUUGUGAGUACUCGAAUCUGUAACAACUCUAUCGGGGAAGGCGACACAACGGACGGCCUGCGUGGUGUCACUACAGAGUAUGGCUCUCCCAACACUGUUUUCACCUGUGCUGCACCGUCUCCAGGCGAGAUCUUUUUCAUCUGGCGCUUCACGCAGCGCUGCUUCGUCUUUCUCUUUCCCUUUCUGUCAUUGCCGUGGAUGCCGGUGGCCCCGCUGCGCAUCACCUCGCUGCACGAGGAGAGGGAGUUCGUGGUGAGUGGGGCUGCGCUGCGCAGCGACUUCGAUGCACCGUCGUUCUCCAUAUGCGUGAUUGCUGUUGCAAUGAUGUGCCACAUAACCUCCAUCGUCAUUGUAGCCACUCGUGUUCCGCUCGGGCACGUGCAAGAUGGAAGGCUGACACUGCCGGAGAUGGUUGUACCAUGUGUGCUGUGGCUUGUUGUCGCGCUAGUGGGGGCGUCCUACAUUAGUUUCUUUCGAUUUCCGCAUGGGCUUGAGAGGGUUGAUCGCCGGCUCACACCGAAGUUGUCAGCACUUGCUGCGAGUCUGGUCGACGCCAAGGCAAGCGUCUGCAUCUUCACCUACGACGACAAUGGCAGAGGCAAAGUAAUGAACCGGCACUACAAGUACCGCUGGCUGCUCUUCGCUGUCGUGUUGGGGUCUAUGAUGAGCCUCUCCGCACCAGCGACACGCGGCGGGUACGGGCACCAACUGUUCGGCUCUGAGGCCUUUGAGAAAGCCGCCGCCGUUCUCGCCUUCUUCGCGACUUUUCUCUUUUCGACUACGCUGACGUUUUUGGUGCUCAAAAUUACGGACAUGCAGCGUGAGGUCCGAGCGAAGCUGCACGUGAUGACAAAUCUCGCCUUCUUAGAGCGCCGGUGCCUCAUAAGCCCUAGCAAGCACAUGAACAUGGCCUUCCAUCUUGACGAGCGCUUUGAUGCCACGAACCUGUUCAGCGGCUUUCCAGGCUGGUACAGUCUUCGCUCCCUCAUUCUCUACGCCUCCGCAUGCGCCAAUCACCGCGCGCGCAGGACCGCGAUGGGCAUCUUCUGGUUCGUGCUUGUGUGUGCCUUUAUUGUGGGACUCCUCGACAUCUUUUACAUAGCCCCAAGAAGACCCACUCCUGGCAAUCGGUACUACUCCACCGCCCACUCCUACGCGCUCUUCACCUUUCUUUUCUGGGGCGCGCUGUUGCACCGUUACCUGUACGUGUGCGUCUCCACCCGCCGCGAGCUGAGGCAGCAUUUGUAUAUCAUCGACAUCGCCGGGCUAUACCAGCGAGUAAAGCUGGAUGACUCGGAGGCCAGCGAGAUUAUUCAGCAGUGCAGCCGAAUCACGGAGAGAAACGACGCAGAGCCGGAGAUAUUUCCUCAGGUAAUCUAUAAUUUUGUUGUCGUCUUGACAGUUCUUCUGAACAUGGGGGCCCUGGCAGCCAUCUGCUACCAGCUUAGGCAGGCCAUCGACCGCUGA